AUGAACAGCCGAAAGACCCAAAGCUUCGCGUGGCGCGACUCCCACGAAGUAGCAAUGCGACAGGUAAUCGAGGACCUCGUCAAUGCUGACUACUACCCCAUGGAGCGAGACCCCUCUUCUGACCAUGGGACGUUGGGAGAAAGAGGGUUGUGGGCGGUCAAGUACUUUGUGACCAAAUGGCCUUGCAUCCGCCUAAGACCCACGCUGGUCCUUGCCGACCACCGGAAUCUCACUUUCCCAGUGAAGGCUGACACAGGCAAGGUAGGUCGAUGGGCUCUGUUCCUCCAGCAAUACGACUUAAAGUUCGGUUACGUCCCAGGAGAUGACAACUACGUCGCCGAUGCCCUGUCUAGGCUCCAGGACGACGAGGACCAUGAUCGGGACCUCGGUGCUAUGCACAUCGGUAAUCGACCGUUUGCGGUCCACUUCGCCGAGGUCAGCGAACCUAUUCCAGCGAUCGUCACGUGA